GGAAAAACAGACUUUUGCAGCGGAGCGCCUCGUUGGGGAAUCCUUUUCCUUGCCCUCCUCACCUUCUCCGAGAAGCCAUCGUCACCUUCCCCAAAACCCCAGCCAAGCCCAGCCCCCUUUUAAAUCCCCUCUUCUUUCUCUCGUAACCCCAUCAGUCCGAAGCACUCGGGAGAGGCUGGAAACCCCAAGGAGGAGGAACAGGAUCCAUGGCGGGAGAUGGCGCAGGAAACGGCUCAGAUGCUCGCAGGACCCCGGAGGAGGAAUUUCCUCCCUGCUGCAGGAAGGCCAGGGCUUCGGCUCCCGAAUCCGAAGCUAAGUGCCAUGAGACCGUGGUGUCCGGGUGGUUCUCCAAUUCGUCGCUCUCUGAUAAAGACGGCAAGUUCAUGUACUUCAACAACCCUAUGUGGCCAGGAGAGGCUCAUUCUUUGAAGGUUGAAAAGAUUCUAUAUCAGGGGAAAUCAGAGUUCCAAGAAAUUCUGGUCUUUCAGUCCUCAAUGUAUGGAAAGGUUCUUGUGCUUGAUGGCAUUGUCCAGUUAACUGAAAGAGACGAAUGUGCCUACCAAGAGAUGAUUGCCCACCUUCCUCUUUGUUCAAUUCCAUCACCCAAAACUGUCUUGGUCAUAGGAGGUGGUGAUGGUGGCGUACUUCGGGAAAUUGCUCGACACAGUUCUGUGGAGCACAUCGAUAUUUGUGAAAUUGACAAGAUGGUUAUAGAUGUUUGCAAACAAUUUUUUCCUGAUCUGUCUGUUGGUUUUGAUGAUCCUCGUGUUCGACUACAUGUUGCUGAUGGGAUUAAAUUCUUACGAGAUGCUCCUGAAGCUAUGUAUGACGUAAUUAUUGUUGAUUCGUCUGAUCCAAUAGGACCAGCUCGAGAGCUUGUCGAAAAACCAUUCUUUGAGAUGAUUGCAAGGGCCUUAAAGCCUGGUGGUGUUCUUUGUAACCAAGCAGAAAGCAUGUGGCUUCACACACAUCUCAUUCAGGAUAUGCUCUCAAUUUGUCGUGAAAUUUUUAAGAGUGUCCAUUAUGCCUGGGCAAGUGUUCCUACGUACCCAAGCGGCGUGAUUGGAUUUUUGUUGUGUUCGACGAAUGGCCCACCUGUCCAUUUCUUGAACCCAAUAAACCCAAUUGACAAACAGGAGACUCUUAAAUGCAAGAGGGAGCUGAGAUUCUAUAACUCAGAGAUGCAUAAGGCUGCAUUUGUUUUGCCAUCAUUUGCGAAAAAGGAAUUGAGCUCGUUUCUCAGCUCACCGCUUACGGUGUAAAUAAAUAUUUUAGAUACUUUUGCUACUGCCCCGGUGGUUGGUUGCAAAAUACGAAGCUAAUUAGCGGUCGGUCUUGUGAUGUCGUGGCCUGUUGUGUUGUUCCCCAAACUUUUGAUAUUGUUGUAACAGACUUUUAAUAACAUCUACCGAACAAUCCUAAGCAUCGCAGGUGGCACUUAAUGUCCAUACGAUAUAAAGUGAAAAUUUAUGCAACGAACGCGGCUACAUCUGUGUCA